AUGGCAAACAGAAAAUAUUCCGAUGGACCAGCGGCGUCGAUCAAUAGCAGUGAUGUUGAGUCGUCACAGGAGGCUAAGUUUGGGCUGUUGUCGACCGAUAGAGGUGACGGCGAUUCGUUGCUGGGGGCUGAAUAUGAAGUGUUCUUGAAUUUCAGAGGGCCUGACACUCGCCUAAACUUUACCGACUGCCUCUAUCACGCCAUGGACGGAGCUGGUAUUCGCGUUUUCAGAGACAACGAAGAGAUGAGAAAAGGUGAAGCAAUCAAAGGCGAGCUGGAGCGUGCAAUCAAGAGCUCCGCAAUCUGUAUUCCCAUCUUCUCUAGAAACUACACAUCUAGUGCGUGGUGUCUUCGCGAGCUUACAUAUAUGGUGGAUUGCAAAGCGAUGAUCCUGCCGAUUUUUUUCGACGUGGAACCCAAAGAUGUCAAGCUUAAAACCAACUUCUACCAGGACGCUCUGCAGAGACACAAAGAGAAGUUCAGCUGCGAGGACGUGCAGCGAUGGGAGGAGGCUCUAGUGAAGGUCGCUCACAUGAAAGGAUGGGAUGUCAAAGAUACCGGGUAA